GGGAGGCUGCGCCUGCGUGCCUCGUGUCCUCGUCUUCCUUUGACAAUUGUCCUGUCAUCAGGCGGGUUAACAGAAGCCACAGCCACAAAGAGACGCUUGUAGAAUAUGUCCUUUGGUAACGGGUGCUGAAUGGGAGGUCAUUGAGAGCAUCUCCGGGAGACCUUGUUAUUGACCCUGGUAACGGAACCUUAUGCUUGAUUCUGCUGCUACAGAUCCGGUUGCCUUAGCCUUUAUAGGCUAACAUAAACAGACAACUGCCCUGCUGCAAUAGAAUCUCCAUCCGCAGGGCAACGGUGGCAGGGCCUGCCCAUGGGAGCUAGUUAAACGGGGCCGCUUUUGUUUUCCGGGAGUUGUUCUCUCAUCUGUUAAGUUGGUCUUCUUAAAGUUGUGCUGACAAUGGCAAGGCUGCUCUGUGGUGGCUCGGGUGCCUCCCAGUCUUACGCUGCUGCUUUGACUGGUAGAGAUCUGUCUUCUAGCUCCUCAGGGGCAUCAACGUCAUCUUGUCUGCGAGGCUGCACAGCUACAUCGCGGGCAGCGAUGCGGUGUUCUCCUGUGUGGAUUGUUGAAAACGUCUCGAGAACUGUGUGUACAGCAGGGUCAUGCCUCGAGAGCAGGACGCCACGCCGGGUGGGAGGUGCAGCGAGCAGGCAUCAGGUAUGGCGUUCGGGGCAUCUUGUCCGGCCACAGUUUGUGCUCCAACACCGUCCUGUCUUGGCAACAGUGGCUGUUGUAGAGACCGGGAUGAGCUCUUCGAGCUCGUCAGCCAUCAGGCCCCCAUUCCCUGAAGAGAGAGUGACACUGGGCCACGCUAGGACAGAGGAGGAGUUGCUGUACGCAAUUCGGGUGGAGUCGGAGCGGCAACGUAUUCCUCCCAGGUCGAUGGCACACAUCGAACGGUUCUGGAACUACUACAAGUCGGCAGUGAUGUCAAGCGGUCGAGAGCGGGCUUUAGAAGAGGCAGUGCGAGUCAUGGGCCAGGUGUUCGAGAGAAUUUUUAUGCAAUUUGAAAACCCGUAUAUCUUCGAUUCGCACCACCUGUCGAUUCGAGAGCCGUACGAUUAUUAUCGGUUUGGACAGGAGUACUUACGCCCGCUUAUUGAUUUCGAGAACUCGUAUGUGGGCAAUUGUGCGAUAUUGGAUGAGAUAGAGUCCUACAUCAAGCAAGGACACAAUGUUGUGCUCCUCUCCAAUCACCAAACAGAAGCUGACCCUGGUUUGAUGGCUUUACUCCUCGAGAAGUCGCACCCGUUUUUAGCAGAGAAUCUCACUUAUGUCGCCGGAGAUCGUGUGGUUCAGGAUCCUUUUUGCAAGCCCUUCUCGAUGGGAAGAAAUCUCCUGUGUGUUUACUCAAAAAAGCACAUAAAUGAUGACCCUGCGACCGCAGUUAUGAAAACCUCUGCAAACCGUAGAACCCUCAAAGUGAUGGCAUCACUCUUUGCGCAGGGAGGGCAACUUGUCUGGAUCGCCCCAAGUGGGGGCAGAGACCGUCCCAAUGAGAAGGGAGCGUGGUUUCCUGCGCCAUUCGAUGCUGCGUCCGUCGAGACCAUGCGCCGGUUAGCAGAGCAAGAUCCAGGGAAGCUUGGGAAAGGCAAACAGAAGCCGCCAGGCCACCUGUACCCACUUGCAUUGCUUUGUUAUUCCAUCAUGCCACCUCCACGAAAGGUGGAGAAGGAGCUCGGUGAGGAAAGGGUGAUAGGAUACCAUGGUAUUGGUAUGUCUGUUGGAUCAGAGCUUAACUUCAAGGACAUUGCGAUUAAAGCGGGGCUGGACGUUGCAGAUCGGGCAGCCGCAAGGGAACUGUUUUCUCAAGCUGCAUACGAUGCGACAAAAUUACAAUACAACGCGUUAAUGGAGGCUGUAGUAGGUGGACAGGGUUGCGCUGCGUCGACACCCUAUUCUGUACUAGAACAACCCUUCUUUGGUACCCGUAGUAGUGUUGGAGAGGAUUCUCUACUUCCAACCACGGCGUCAUUGGGAGAUUCUGAACAUGCGAAGUUGUGACUGUUGCGCAAUUGACCGCAGUGUUUCCCGUUGUCCCAAAUUUGCCUUUUUCCCCCCUCUGGCUUGUAUUCGGCGGAAGAGGGUGUGUAAUUUGCACCCUGUCUUGCAUUCUGAGGUGUUUAAUCUGAAUCCUACUUUAAAAUCCGAAUCCACCGGGAUUGGUUUCUGCCGUAGGUGCCGGGCGUUCGAUGUUCUUCUUUGCUGAUUCAUGGCCUCCUGCAAGGAACCUGCAGGUGUGCAAGGAAGGGACCACCACACCAUUGUUUCUGGCAAGUUUGUCUCUGCCAGCUGUUGGCACUCCUGCUCCGUAGCUUUAGGCUGGAGAAGUAGGUUGUUCUUGCCUAUCGAUGGCGCAACUUUUCACCUGCUCCCAGCUCCUAUGCUCUCGUUGUGUUGGAUAUCGCCACGACUCUUCACUACAUCUCUGGCUCCACUCCACAAACCUGUCUUUGUGCCCAUUGUCUACUUCUGUUCAGUGGGUUUUCACCAGGCAGCUGUCAUUCUCAGAGUUGCGGCCGUGGUUGUGGCAGACACAUCUUGUGCAAGCCAUUGCUAUAAAGUUGUGCUUUCUGGUUCAUUUGUUUUUCAGGCCAUUGGCUUUCGAUUUGACGUCUAGUUUUAUUCUAAAAUGGUUUGUAUGUAUGUUACUGUCCAGGGAUUGUACAAUACGAUACCUUUUGCUCCUUCUAGGGAUGACAGUUCCCAAGCAUAGCCGAUUCGAUUGGGCGCUGUCAUCUGCCAAUGACUGUAAAUCAUCUGACCUGUCUCAUGACAGCUGAUGGCCUGCUGGCGGACGUAUGCUACGUGCCAUGCAUGUGUCUAUGUUUUAGGUUAAAUCUGUCACGUAGUAUGUGGGAGCAAGCGUGUACUUGUAGAUAGUAGGGAUUUGCUGAUAAUGCCUGCAUCUCUGCAGGCAAGAGAACCUGCAAUUCCUGCUCUCUGAGCAGCAGGCAAGACAGUCGUAGACUUCGAUUGAGCCGCCACUACCUUUCUCAUAUGUAGGCCGUGGGGUGGGACCCGCUCGUUUCAGAGGCCGGUAGCCACUGAUGAAAAAUAUCACCCGCCGCGCGGCGGCGACUGUUUUGGACGAGGUCAUUUUCCCAAAUGGGACUACAGCUGCGAAAGGUAGUGGUGGUUUAAGCUGUCCAAAAACGGAUGGGUGUGAGCCACUGCCUGCCAUCCAGCAGCUUGCAGUGCUGCUGCAUAUAGCAUCAGCUUCUGAUCGCAGACUCCUUGCUUCCCGGGUAUAGUCGCAGCUCCCAAGUAUAGUCAAUUUGAUUGGGCGCUCUCAUCCAGCAGCUUGCCGUGCUGCUGCAUGCAGCUUUACGCAGAUUAGAACAGUGCCCUCAUCUUUGCUUUUGAACACACUUGCCCACCCCUCGGCAUCCUUCCCUCCGUCAGCACCUGUUGAUGACAAAUGUGUUUCGGCGUCCAGAUCCUUCAAUGCUUCCUGUGCGGUGAGCGCACACUUUGCAAGCCUCCUUUCCUGCCAAAGCAAGGGAAAGAAGCUGUUUGCAAUCUCGAGGGAGCUUGCCUGGUGUCAGGCUCCCUUCGUGCUUUCUGUCGCAUGUCAUAAGAGAAAGAUGGGUAGCUGUCCUGCUGGACAUUCAUUGAGGUGAGUGGUUUGAUUGCUCAUUCUUCAGUGAACGGUAAAUAAGCUCAAGCAGUUGUGGAACAGGGACGUGCCGUUUGCUCCUUGGAAGCUAGGCAUCUUGAUCCGUCAGCAUUGCAGCGUUAUAGUAUGUACUAUGGGCUUGCCUGAUGACUCAUUUAUGCCUGGUGAUCCCUUAAUGCUCCUCCCGCGGCAUGUACGCUUGUUACUGCGCAUCCAACUUAACCAGGCGGCAGCUGGUGGUCAGUCAAUUAGAUUGAUUGAUUGAUUGAUUGAUUGAUUGAUUGCAUGUCUUGCGUUGUACGAGAAGAGGGUAGGCAAGGGGUAAAAUACCAACUGUAGCUCAGUGGCGUGAACGAUUUCCUGGGCUGUGGCUUAAUUGCGUUCGUGCUUAUCGUGGCAACUUGGAUAGUCGACUCCUUGGCGGGGGUGGUGCUUGUUCAGGAGGCGAGUUCUUGCCUAGCUGCAUGGCUACAUAAGGGCAGGCACUUGCUAGGAGGUCUGGGAGGGUAAGGUUCAUGCAUCCUUCGAUUAUGAGUCCCUAUGAUAAGUCACUUGGUGAUCAUGGUGAGAAAGCACUGGCGAUGACUGACUCGGACAUCAGUUUUGACUUUGAGGGGAGGUCGGUUGGGUGAUAGAGCAACUUGGAAGGCUCUCUUGCUCAGUCAAAGAGCAAGGCAAAGAGGAAGUGUUAGGGUUGCAUGUGAAGGAAAGAGGAGGGGUCCUUGAGGUGAGCAGAAGAAUAGUCAGGUUUAGGGUGUUAUGUUGGGAAUGGACUCUGCACAACUUAUAGCCGUAGCUGCGGUUUGUGAAGGUAUCAGUGGCGUAAGGUGGACGUGGGUUGGCCAUUCGGUUUCGGUUUAUAUGUCAUUCGGACUUCCUGCUGUUGAUUCAUUUUAUAUAUGGCAAUUGUCUCAUGCUAACAAAAGUACAAUUUAAACUUCUUCUUUCUUUCCUCUCUGCCCCUCUCUCUCCCCACCCUUGUCUCCCUCCUCCUUUCUCUUCUUUUCUCCCUUCGUAUUCUUCUUGCGCUGUGGUGAGCCCCAGCCUUCCAGAUCGCUUGCCCCCUCCUCCUUUGUCUUCUUUUCUCCCUUUUCUGUAUUCUUUGCUUUCAGCCGUCAUAUACUUCUUCUCGCACUGUGGUGAGUGCCAGCCUUCCACAUCGCUUGCUCAUCGAUCAUGACUGCACUUUGGGGGGUUCGCUAGAUUUCCAGAUUGUUUGCUUGCCUUUAUUUGCGACUGAAGGGUUAUGCCGAUACUCAGUUAACUCGGGCGCUAUGCACGUUGGAGGGAAGGACAAUAAAUCUGAAUUGGUACC